AUGUUUUUAGAAAAUAAAGUUUUCAAGAAUUUUUUCCUCAUUAAAGGAAGUGAAGCGAUAUCUUCAACCCUUGCGCAUCCUCGUCGUAGAACCGAGGACCUUCUAAGACUGAUGAAUAAUUGGCAAAGUUUGUUACGUUGUUACUACCAGUUUACGUCACCGUUUAGUAUUGAACAGGUACGCUCUAAAAGACUAUUUUUCAGCAAGGCAUUGCGCCUUUUAGCUUUUAGCACGAGUAAUUUUCUAAGGCACUGA